ACGAAUCCGGAAGUAAUUGUCUGCUUUCAUUUUCGGAUAAAACAGUGAAGACAGAUGGCUAUUUUUCAAAGUCAUGGAAUUCAUAAUGAGAGAUUCAGUCUGUUGUUGCUGGAACCUGGAGAGAUUUAUUUCGAGGAUUUUAGUGUUUACUACUACCCACAACACCAGAAUGAUGAGGAUAUUAACAAAAACCGACAGAGAGGUCACUUGAAGAUUUGUUCUAAGUCUGUUGUAUUUGUUCCAAAAGAGGAACAGUUUCCAAUACUAAAGAUUUCCCUGAAAAAUUCAACAAAUAUAGAGGAAUACUCGGGGGAUCUGCACUCAAGGCUAGUUUUGAAAGACAAAGCAUUAAUUAUAUCCUCGAAUGUUUGUACAGAAAUGAAAAAGGACAGUAUCAUUACUCCAUAUGUGUUUAAAAAGGGGGAGAAAAGUCACAUGUUUUCACUGAACUAUGUCACAAUAGAUGAUUGUCUGCCUCUGAUAUGUCAGUUACACAGAGCAUCCACCUUGCCACCUGCUGAUCAAAAUACCAUGAUUGGUGCUAUUGUUAUGUCCAGACAGUCAAGAGUCAAAUUCAACACAAGCUGGCUAGAUGACUUGUAUGAGAAAGUGGAGCUACAGUGCCAGGCAGACAAGAUUAUGCCUCUUGUUACCAACCCUGGUAGAGUGAUGGUCACAACAUCCAGAUUGUACUUCCAACCAUUUAACAAUGUUGAAAGGUCCCCUGUGAUAAAAGUGAGACUUAAAGAUAUUGUUUCUCUCAUGAAAAGAAGAUUCUUACUGAAACAAAUUGGUUUAGAGAUUAAAUGUUCUGAGCAUGGAACUUCACAGCCACAUCUCUAUCUUGCCUUCAAGACCCGGGAUGAUAGAGAUGCUCUAUAUGACAAAAUAAUGUCUCAACCAGAAGUGAACCUACAGAUGCCAGACCAAAAGGAUAUGACAAUGAAAUGGCAGAAUGGUGUCAUAUCAAACUAUGAUUAUUUAAUGUAUUUAAACAGUGUUGCAGACAGAAGUUUCUUUGAUCUAACACAGUAUCCAGUCAUGCCAUGGGUAAUACAGGACUUUACAAGUGAACAGUUAGAUUUGGAGAAUGCAGAGACGUUCAGAGACCUUAGCAAACCUAUUGGUGCUUUGAAUCCUGAGAGACUGGAAAGGAUGAAGGAAAGAUACAUAGAUAUGCCAGAGCCCAAGUUUUUAUAUGGAUCACAUUACUCUACACCGGGCUACGUCCUCUUUUAUCUUGCUAGACUGGUUCCAGAAUAUGUCCUUUGUUUGCAAAAUGGAAAGUUUGACCAACCGGACCGUAUGUUUAACAGUCUGUGGGAAGUCUGGCAGAAUUGUUUAAAUGGUGCUGCUGACUUUAAAGAACUGAUUCCAGAAUUUUUUGAUGGAAAUGGAGAAUACAUGAUUAACUCAGGGGUGUGCAAUUUUGGGGUAAGACAAGAUGGCCGUCCCAUAGGAAAUGUAGAUCUACCCCCAUGGGCAAAAGAUUCAAGAGAUUUCAUAAAGAAAAUGAGAGAGGCAUUAGAGUGUGAAUAUGUGUCAAGACAUCUUCAUGAAUGGAUUGAUCUAGUAUUUGGACAUAAGCAGCGUGGGGAAGAGGCUGAAAAAGCAGACAAUGUGUUUUAUUACCUGACAUAUGAAGGCUCCAUUGACUUGGACAGUAUUAAGGAUCCAAAUGAGAGAGCCUGCAUGGAAAUUCAGAUUAUGGAGUUUGGGCAGGUACCCAAACAGUUGCUUACAACACCCCACCCUGCCAGAUUCACAUCUAAAGAGCAUCCACAUGAAAGAGAAAACCUGCAGCAGUUGAUAACACAUGUUCAAGAAACUCCAAGUUUAGACACAGACAAUGUCGAAGAAGAGACAGUGCCACAGACAGUAGAUUUUACUCACAUGCAUAAACUGUUGACGUUUUCAAAGCAUAAAGACACAAUAACAGAUGUGAAGCUAUGCCUAAAGAAAAAAAUGGCAUUUUCUGUCUCACAAGACAGUUUACUGAAGCUGUACUCCUUGGAAGAGCAGAGGCAGCUGAGAAGUGUUACUGUAGCUAACAUGGCCUUAUCAUCAUGUAUAGUGAUGCCAGAUUGUAAAACUGUGAUAUGUGGUGCAUGGGAUAAUAAUGUAUAUUUUUACAGUGUAGAAUAUGGAAAUAUUUUAGACACAUUACAUGCACAUGAUGAUGCUGUCAUCACUAUAUACUGGAGAAAUGAUCUUCUGUUCACAGCCUCUUGGGAUUCUACUGUCAAGUUGUGGCAGCUGCCGUGUCCCUCUGCAGAUGAAGGUUUUAUUGCUGCAGAAUAUUUUGUUCAGUUAGACCAUGACCAUGGUGUUAGUGAUUUAGCUGUUGAUGAGAACUGUGAUAUACUUGUUUCUGCAACCAGAGAAGGACAACUUUAUGUUUGGGAUCUACAGAAAUAUGCUCUUAAAAACGUUUUUCAAGCACACGAGGAUGUAAUAAAUGCUAUUCGUCUUGAUCAAGGUUGCAACAAAAUUGUUAGUUGUGGGGCAGAUAGCUAUUUAAGAAUAAUAGACUUGGUGUCUGGUACAGAAAUUUUCGUGAAAGAUAUUAAAGAAGUUGUUCUUUGUCUGGCGAUGGUUAAUAACAUAGUUAUAUUAGGAACCAGUCGUGGCUGGGUACAAGUAUGGGAUAUGGAAAAGGUGCAAAUGCUGCAUCAGUUUGAGGCACAUAAAGGUGCGGUUACUUGUUUACAUAUGACAGACGAUAUGCAUUUGUUGUCAGGCAGCGAGGACAGAUCUGUGUGUGUCUGGAAACCGUCAAUAAAAUGAUGCCAAUCAUGCCGAUUGCCAGUUCAAACCCUUCUUUUACACUGCACUUUCAGUUGAACCUAAAUAUUUUGGUAUUACAGUCAAACUUUUCUAUAAAGUCCACUUUUUGGAGAUACAGCAAGUGGUCAUUAUUCGCAGGUUCUAAUGCACUGUAAAUGAGCCACGCCAUGAGGAAACCAACAUAGUGGGUUUGCGACCAGCAUGGAUCCAGACCAGCCUGCGCAUCUGCGCAGUCUGGUCAGGAUCCAUGCUGUUCACUUUCAAAGCCUAUAGCAAUUAGAGAAACCGUUAGCGAACAGCAUGGAUCCUGACCAGACUGCGCGGAUGCGCAGGCUGGUCUGGAUCCUUGCUGGUCGCAAACCCAAUAUGUUGGUUUUCUCAUGACACGGCUCAAAUGUUAAAACAGGAAACAGAAACAGCGGGUUUUAGAGCCAGGAGGUCUCUGUUCAGAGGUGGUCUUAGGACAGGUUUGACUGUAACUAGAAAUGAUGUUUGUGUAUGUACAUACAGUGCAGUGUUGAUUAUUUAGGGAAAGUGAGGGGAUUGGCCUGUACUGCGAUUCGACGCACUAAGGUCACAUAUUCCAGUUGUUAUGGGAGGUGACAUUAUGUUAAAGACAUGCUAUAAAAGACCAUAAACAUUAUAAGUGUUUGCUUAAAGUAUUUGUAUCUGCCACUCUACUAGCUACCCUGCUGUCAGUUGUGAAACACUGUUGGACCAGACCUGUUGGUUAUGGUAGCUAUAUAGUUCCUUUUUAUUUAAAGUAAGGUAAAGGAUACAGGUUGUCAUUGACAUGUAUCUGUAUUAAGGAUUGCUUACCUAGAAAUGGUACAGAAGAGCAAUAAAUAUUCUUGGGAAAUCUGAUAUUUCUAACGUCAGCUGUGAUUAUUUUGUCAUUUUGUCUGAAGUUUUAAUUUCAAAUAGGAAGUGUCUAGGGGUACGGAACCGUACCUCUAGAAUCUGAUCCAAGUUUUAAGUGAAGAUUGGUUAAGACUUAUUUGUUAUUUCAUUUUCAACAAAAUUUAAGAUAUAAAUAACCCUAGAUCUCCAGAAAAAGGAGGUCCGUACCUCUAGAACACCCCUAACAGGCGUGUCUAGAGGUACGGAUCCGUACCCCUAGACACUUCCUUUCAAAUAUUGGUGGCAUACUGAUAAAUGUACUUUAACUAUCCUGAUUUCCAGUUUAUCCGAAAACGUCUGCGAUAAAUAGGAAACUUUCAGAUUGGUAAGAUAAAAGUACAACUAUCAUGAUUGUGUUGCAGAAAAAGGGAAAUCGGAUCCGAGAUAGACAUUUUCCCUCGAACCAAAAUGAGAUCUAUCAUCGACUUUAUGAACGUUUACGGCACAAUGUAUACGUCCGCUAAGAACUGCUUAAUAGUCCCCUACCGGUGGAACACCGGAGGUGACUGUAGGAAUGCCCUCCGUCCGUCUGUCCGUCCGCAAAUCUGGAUCCUGCAAUUACUCAAUAAGUGUUCAAGCAAGGUUCAUAGAACUUGGUAUGUAUAUAGAGGGCAAUAUGUAGAUAAUGCACGUACAUAACUUAUACUUUUAGGUCAAAGGUCAAGGUCAAGUAAAAAUUGUUUCCACUCCAUAACUUUUAUUUACAUUGAUGGAUUAUCUUAGUGGUAAACAGAGACGUUCCCCAUGAUGAGACAAUUUGUCAACAAAUGAUCUAUGUUUGUUGGUUAAAGGUCAAGGUCAUUGUUUAUGGUCAAGUGGAAAUCUGUUUCUGCCCCAUAAUUUUUAUUUGCAUUGAAGGACUUUUUAUUACUACACAUAAAUGUUUUCCAUGGGCUAUUUGUCGGGCACAUGUCCCAGGGUUGUCGGUCAUAGGCCAAGGUCACUAUUGAAGAUCAAGUAAAAAUUUGUUUCCGCUCCAGAAAUUAUAUGUGCAUUGAUGGAUUGUCUUAAUACUGCACACACAUAUUCUUCAUGAUGAGACAAAUGUGUCGCGUGCAUGAUCUAUGCUUGUAGGUGGUCAUUAUUAAAAUGUAAGUAAAAUAUUUUUGUUUCUUAAAUCCUUAAUACCUUGAAGCAUUUUAGUUUUAACACUUGUCAGCAUCUACAAGGGACGAACACUAACAGAGUUUUAUACCCGUAGGGGACUUCUGUAUAAUGCCACUACAAUACUCGGUCACUUGUUUGAUAAGGAAAUACGUGAAAGUUGUGAGAUUGAUAAUGAGAGAUAAGAUUAUUUCAUACUGGUUUUUUAUUUGGAAUAUUCGGCCUUAAAGUUUACAAAAUUUGGUCUGCUAUUGCCAUGCUUCUUUAAAUGUAUAUUCUAAUGCACUCAGUUUGUAACACGUAAGCUGAUUGGUUGUUGAUUUCAAAUUUGCAGUUGUGGUUCCUAGUAUAGAGAUGCAAGUUACUCGUGCAUUGUUGGUGUAACUAAACAAAAUAUAAAGCAUACUUUCAGCAAUAUUGGUCAGAGUUUGAAGUUGUUUAAUCUCUUGCCAUAGAGAAUCUCCCACCUUUCUAAAAUUCCGCAUUUGGUAAUUGAGAUAAUUUGGCUCAUUUUGAUGUCCUAGGUCGUAUAAACCCGGUCACGUGCUUCAGCAUGUUUUUAGCAAUUCUUAGUAUUCAGUAAUUUUUAUUUUUUGAUUAUGAAUAUUACCAUCUGGCUUUCCCUGAAUUAAGCAGACCAUUACAGACAACUAGAAUAACUUGUAAACUAUGUCUUGAUUUUAUUGGACAUUUUCUAUGGAAGGGACACAGUAGCAGUGAUGUAACUAAUAUGCGAGGUUCUGUAAAGUUUUAAGAACACAGUAUUUGAUGAAGCCAUGCGUAAAUAAGAAUUUAAAAUAUAACUAGUCCCACUCGUGACGCAAUUUUCAAUUUCAAAUCAAAGUUUAUUCAGAUUUUCUGUGAAUGGAACGUCAGGAAGGUAUUUAAAGUCACGGGGAUUGGGUCCAAGAAUUAACCGAGGCAUAAUGCCCUUUAACAUCGAAGGAGUAAAUGUUUUCAAUAUCAUACGGUAGUCUGUCAAUAUGGACGACUAUUAUUUUAACAUAGUGAUGCAUAUAUCAAAAAUACCCCGACCUUUAGAAUAGGAUAUUUGAGCUUUACAAUACAUGUCAAAUGUCUAUUACUGAGAUCUAUCUUGUUACGAUUAAUGAGGAAGGAAUAAUUUAAAUUAAUGAGGAAUGAAUGAUGUAACAUACUAUGAAAAGUUAAGGAUAUUCCCUGCACCCAGCAAAUGUUUGUAGGAGGGAAAGCCAAGUCUUAGUUCACUAUAUGCGCUUAAAGGUAUUUCCGUUAUUUUAAAGAAUGGCAUUAAAAUUCUGUCAUAUCUUGCUUGAUGUAUCGUUUAAGAGUUUGAAGAAAUACACUGUUCAGAAACAAUCAUAUUAGAACAUCGAAAAUGCACCUUAUAGCUCAGAAAUUACUAGACACCUCGAAUUUCCGCAGUCCCUUCAGGUUUUUCAUAUUUUCAGUUUCCACCCCAGUGAUUAUUACGUGCUACAUUUUGGUUGUAAUAUUUUACCGUAGUGUGACGCAAUCUUCCAGCCAGUUUCGAUCAUCUUUAAUCUUGUAAUUUUCAAAAGAAUGUUACACAAGGUUAUGUAUUAUUAAAGUGUUAUGGGUAUUAGCUUUACAGUACACUUAAUGGAAAGGAUUAGAACGAAAGAAAAGUCUUAAAGUGUUCUUCUCCUAGGUAUAUUUGGAAUGGGUGUUUUACUCGGCUCUAAGCAGAAUAUCUUCUCUUGUUGUUACAACGUAGAAUAAAAUUACUUAUAUAAUCUCAGAUCUAGAAAUUUUGAUAACGGGAAAGAAAAACUGUUGAUAGAACAGACUGAAAUAGUGAAACAGAAUUUGAUGAAUUACAGUGACACGAAAAGCCAAUAUUGGAAUCUUCCCACUCAGUUUUAUGUACAUGAAUGCAGUUGUUAAAAGUAAUUUAUGUUUUAUUUUGUAUGCAAAUUAAAUGUAGAAAGGUAAUCAUUAUACUUGUUAAUUUAUAUAUUGUUCGUAUCAUAUAAAUUUUUUACAUUUAGAAGUCGCUUAUUGCCUGUUCAGUAAAUGAAAUAAAAAAUAUACUAGA